AUGGCUUUCCAUGCUGAUGAGGCAAAGACGAGUAUGCAACAUCAACCUUGCGCAGCUUGCAGGAUGUUACGCCGAAGAUGUGACAGUAAGUGCGAACUUGCUCCAUAUUUCCCAACCGACGAGGUUGAGAAUUUUGCCGUAGUGCAUAGAGUGUUCGGUGCUAGAAACAUUGUCAAAAUGAUUCAGACGGUUGAGGAAGCAAAGAGAGAUGAUGCAGUUAAAUCCGUGGUGUACGAGGCCACAGCAAGGCUUAGAGAUCCAGUUUAUGGGAGUGCUGGAGUUAUUUAUGAGUUACAAAAGAGGAUUGAGGAACUUAAGGCACAGUUGGAUUCGAUAAAAACAAGGAUGUCAGAGAUGAGAGAAGAAAAGGAGCAGUUGUUGAGCAUUGGUAACAACUACGAUCCUUUAUUUGGCAUCUUUGAUUCUGCUAUGGCCUCAGAUCCAUUUGAAUUUCCUGUGUAA